AUGGUGUAUGAUCAUAAUCUGGAUAUAUCCCCCAAGAAAUUAGAAGAUCAACUUCGUCAUGGUAUAUCUGGGACUAGACAUGAGAACUCACCUAAACCAUAUACAAAGUAUGAAUAUACGAGCUAUACUGGAGAAUCAUUUAUAUUACUUACAGUGUCAUACAAUGGAAUAACACUAAAGCAGAUAAAACCCCCUGCAUAUGAUAUAUUAAAAUUUUGCACAUACUUCACGGAGAACGUUCUUGUAGCUUUGCACAUAAAAUACAGUGGAAUGAAUUAUUAUUACAUGACUGUGGAUAAUAGCUCAACUACAGGAUAUAACAUUAAACUGCAGGAAUUUAAAACAACCCAUGAACUUGAUGAAGAAAGGGAACUCAAAAGAAUACUAGACAGUGUAAACAUCAACAAAGCUCUUGAUUAUCAGGGGUUAUCAAAAAAAAUAAGAGAAAAGUUAUUCGGGAAAAGGGACAUCUUCUUUGAUCUCCAUCGGAAUCACUGGAAUGAAGGCUAUGCCUCUGAAGUUACAAACAUUAGCAUUAAAAUAACAAAAGGAGGCGAAAUAGGUGAAUAUCAAUCUCUCCAACACAAACCAAAUGUCCCAUCAUUUUACAUUAAAGGCCUUUACAACGUUCGUUACCAACUUAUAACUUUGGACAACGGCUUUCCUAAUGAACCCUUGGACCAUUUUUCUGCCUAUUACAAGGAAAUAAGUGGCUAUUACCACAGAGAUCCUAUGGUGAUAAUAUUAAAUAUCCAAGAGAAUAAAGAUCCUAGAUGUAUCCCUGGGAAAUAUAUCAUUACCAAUGAUGAUUAUACUAGUUGGUCGAUUCUUCGAACUGGCACCACUUCCCUAAGUAUCACCGAGAUUUCAAAGAUAGUUGAUGCAAUUGUAAAUAAUGGUAACAAAUUAUAUGUCAAUAAAUUACCUGAAGACAUCCAAAAGAAACUCAGAGAUAUUACGAAGGAUCUUAUACUAGACCUAACACAUAGAUUAAACCAGGCUGAAGGUAUUUACCAUUCCGUCGAUGGUAUGAAUAUUCCAUAUAAAAGGACUUAUACUGGUCGUUAUUUGGUGGUUUCACAUGCUGAUACCUUUUCCAGCUUUACUGUAAAGAGCGCAACUAUUGGAAAUGUCCCAAUUGAGGGUUCACUCAUUCCUUUAAACACUAGAUUUUCCAGGUUCAAGGCUUAUUACAACGAGAAUGAUACUAAUAAUCCACUUUUGAUAUACAUGAUGCAAAUUAAUGGAGAUACUAAGUGGAUAUGUAGAUAUGAUGGGUGUGACCAGUGGGAAAAAUUAAAGGAAAAGAUUCCAUCUAAUGACAAUGAUUCACUUGCAAUUAUAGCCGUAUUGUCAAGUUUGAAGGUUCCAACUGUUGUAAUAGACAUUUCUCAUGAUAUGGGCUUGUACAGUCCUGUUGGAAGUGAUACAAAGUUUUACGUUUCUAGAACUACUUUUGGUGGUUAUUAUUUUUACGAGUAUAAACAACAGAAAGGUGAGAGACAGACUGAAUCCUACCCAUUCAAGAUUAGUCAUAUAUCUCAUAAUAACGCGAUAAUAUAUGACAUAAAGACUCAAGAAGUUCUCUCUUCUGUAGGUGCUUUCUAUGAUGGACUUUCCCCUGUAUUUGAUAAUCUUUUCCUGAUUAAACUUGUCACUUAUAACCCAAAAAAAUAUUGGUACUAUCGAAGAGUUGAUAACACUGGAAGUACAUGGGUAAGCCUCGAUGAACAAGGUUAUUCCACAGAACUGACUACGGAGCAAGCAAAAGCUGAAUUAAUGAAAUUGAAAGCCAAAACAGCCCCAAAACCAGAAUUACCACCUCAUUCUCCACAUAGACCAUCAACACCGUCAAUACCUCAACAACCUUCAGCUCCAACAACUCCUGCAACACCUAAACAAACUCCCAUGCCAUCACCACCCAAAAUCUAUGAUGUUGACUAUAAACAUGAUGACUCUGAAAGUGAAGAACAUCAUACGGAGCAAGAGGACUAUAAAGACUACUCUUCAUAUGGACAUUCUGCCGGUGCCAUAAUCGGGGGAAUUAUUGGAUGUGUCCUCUGUAUAGGCCUUGCAGCUCUAGGAUCACGCAUGUUUGCACCAAGAAUAAAGGCUUUCAUGCUAACAAGACACCAUUUAUUGUAG